AUGUAAUUAUCAGAAAACUUGAUUGCGAGAGUAUUUGUCAUAAUUUUAUGCCUCUUGUCAAUGACAGGCUGUUCUCUAAUUUUGUGGACAUUCUUCAGAACACCCAGAUUAAACAAAAACCCAGGGAGUAUUAUUUAAAGAAUGACCAUAGCAUAGAUUGUAUUGAACAGUAUUUUAUUAGAUUAUUACUUUUCUGAUGUUGUUUGCACAAUUUUAUAUUAGUUCUGAUGAUAUUCCAACCGGCGGUGCCUUUGUAAUAUCCUCAUAAUUUUGCUCAUUCCUAGGGUUCAUUGAGAUAUUUUUUUCCUCGUAAUACUCGCUCUAUAAUAUCUAUUUCCCCAUAAAUCUAUAUUGCUCACUUAAAACACAGGACUAUAACUUUAAUAAAUACUUUAAGUUGAUGGAGAUUUCCUCACUAAUAUUCUCAUUUCUAUUCACUUUGACUAUGUUCUUCGUUAAAGAUGUUAAAAUAAAGUAUCAAUAACAUAUAAUUAGUGUUGUCGGCGUAUGCGGUCUAAAGAUGGUUGAUUUCUCCACCACUUUCAGUGUUAUCUUGGUAAUCAUAACAUUAUGCAUUUUAAUAUUGCUAGUUUUCAUAAUCAACGAAAAAUCAUCAUUCAAAACGACUCUUUAUAAUAAAGAUUCAGAAAAAUUCCAUUAGAAAUACCAUAAAGAGUUCAUCAUAGUUAAUACACUCUACACAUCAGUAUUUUUAGGCACUUAUAUGAUUCCCUCAUGUCUGAUAUUUUGGAGUUAAUUACUCUAUAAUGAUGAUACUCACUUCUAUUCUUUUCCAAUCAUCUAUCCCUUGGGAGGUAUACUGCUUUUCUUGAUACGAAUAAAUGAUCCGAUUGUCAAAAAGUACAUCUAUACAAUUAUAAUGGGAAAGAAAAAGAAAAAUCAAAAUUGUAAAUUAAAGGAUAAGCUUUUAUAAAAGGAUGAUGUAACAAAAAUAGUAUAUCCUAAUAUAGUUCAAUGGUAUAGAAUAGAUGAGCAUGGAUUCUGGACUCGAAAUUAGUGUGUGCAACAACAAAAAACUCAGAUACACAGUAAGAGCAGUGACCAGUGAGAAAUAAUUAUAACCAGACACCGCUCUCUCCUCUGUUUUCGGAAGCCAAAUUAAACUGAUUAAGAAUAACUAAGAAUUAUUCAUUGUAUUACUUUCCAUUAAAAAUGCCAUGAAUCAUUGUAUUGAAGAGAAGUAAUCGUUACUGAAAACUUUAAAACCAUUUAAUUUUACUCACAUCACUAAAUACUCAUUAUACUUGCAGGAUGACUUUAAAGAUUUGGAUUAGAAAUACAAAAAUUAUAAUGUAUUAUUAUUUGAUUACAUUUAGAAUCUCUGUUUAAAGGAUUAUGUCAAUAACAUUUGCUAUAAGAGAGUUAUCAAUUGUUACAGUUAUGCAAGCAAGACUCUGAUCCAUCUCUUUAGUUAAGUGUUAAAUAUUGAUUUAAAUCAACUCAAAACAAGUUUAAGAAUCGAAUAGAAUACAAAAACAAUAGUCAAUACCAAAUUACCUUAGUCUUAUGGACCCAUCUUCUUAACUUAUGACAAUUACUUUUCUAUUGAAAUCAUUUCUAAAUAACACAAACUGCUUUUAACAAAGGGUGGAGGGUUAAUGAAUAUUUGUAAACGCUAUCAAACCGAAUAUAGUAGGCAAAAAAAUGGUAACACUUUGUUGCCUGCAAUAUUGGGACUGUAUACCAUCUAAAUUGAAGAAGAUAGAUACAUUAACGUCGUAUUAAAGUUAAAUUAAAUAAAAAUAAACUAUCCCUUAUAACUUAAUCAUUUCAAUAUUCAAGUGGAAUAAGAUUAAUUAAUCUAACAGGAUGUCUUUGGCUGGAUAUAAUUAAGCUUAGAAAAAGGAUAAUUUAGAUUAUUUAUUGCUGAAAAGCUAUUUGAUGAGAAAUUUUAAAUCAAAAUUGAAGAUAAUGAUUUUAAGUUAUCUCAAAAUGCUGCCAAAGAAUUAGUGAGUAUCCUCAGCAAGGAUAUUGAAGAGUUUUGUUUUUGUAGAAAUAUUACUAUUUCUUUGGUUUACUUCAAAUUACCCACCAAUAGACUAGAUUCCAUGUGUAAACAUGAGAACUCUUUGUCCUAUCAUUAUUAAAUUUAUAAAAAUAGUCAGUAAAUUACUCCAUUACAGAUGAAUGAAUAUUUUAAAGAUUUGGGUUAAUUUGAAUUAGAUAGUAAAAUAGGGUUUGUUAGAAUUUAUUUUGAUAACUUUUGGUAGGAAUGGGAAUAUAUCAAUGAGAAUGAAAGAUGCUUGUAUUUUGAUAAACUCGUGGAAUAGUUGUCAGAAAUAAUUUGA